UUUCCUUCUGGCGACCUAUUUCACAUUUCGUUUAGUAUUUGAUACACUUAAUAUGUUAACAGUUAAUGGGAAUUCAUCUAACCUACCUAGAAAUACCACCGCGUAUGUUCCUUCACCUACUUUACGCUCUUUCACGUACGACCAUUUGGUCGACUUUUCAAUAUCCAUAGCGCUUGCUCUAGUAUUAUUGAGGUUAGAGAAAACUCUGAAAAAAUUUAUACAAAUUCAACUCGAGUGAUGUACCCUAGAACGAAGGUGCGAACUUUUCGCCCGUUGAGUUUCGAAGGUGUAGUGCUCGUUCCUCUUCUGAAGAAAAAUACCGCCCUUGAAAAGUAAUAUCUUCGUAAAGUGUUUAAAUUUAUUCUUUUAAUUAAAAUUAAAAAGGGAAUUGAUAUGGAUAAUCUUUAAAGCCUUUACGGAUACCUGACUCGUUACGCAGCAAUAAAGCACUGGUGCUACUCAAAUCGUUGUUCGUUUAGGUACGGAGAUUUGUAUUGAAUAGUUUACAGAGCACACUCAUAUAACAUUCUAUUGAAUACUGAUUUCUUCUAUUUAUUAUACUUGAGUCUUUGUUUGUUUACACCCAAACGCAGGAUUCAAAUCAUGUUAUGUGAAACUAAAAGUAAAAAAGGUAUUGCAUUCUUUUAGUUAUAUUUCAUCUAAUGAUGACAUAUUUAAUCUAUGCUAAGUUACAGCGUAGAAGCGAUGAAGCCAAAGACAAUCAGCCUCAAUUGAAGCAGCAGAUAUAUCGUCGAAACUUAAAAGCUAAGCACUAUUCCUCCUCCUAUUUUGAAUUAUUAAAUGCCUAUGUAUCAAGUAAUAUUACUUGAAAACAGUCCCAAUUGAUGUCAAAACUGAGUAACUUAUGAGACAGCCGAUUCCAUCAUCAUAAGAACAUCGUCUUCUAAAACAGUUCAAAAACACCGCAUGCCCCUCCUUCUUCCUUCCUAGAACUGCAAACAACAACAUAUCUUUUCUUGGAUAAAAUUCGACCAGAGCUUUUUAGUCAAUAUCCAAAGACAUAAAUCUCUGAUUCACUCCUCAAUCUAAGCGAUUACCCAUUCAUUCCUUUAUAACUCUUCCAUUUGAAGAGCCAUAAUCGCACAGACCCCACGAUACUUCCAAUAUCUAUCCUCUUGAUAAAUUGCAUAGAUCAAGUCGUUCAUGACCUCCAAUUUCUACGAGGACAUCAAUACAAACCUUGAAAAGGAGAUGUCUAAAGAUACAGGAAAGAUAAGUUCACCCGCCGACAAAAAAUCUCGAAGUUUUGAACAUAUCGAUCAUGACCUGGAAAAUAACGUAGAGAUUGUGACAAGUGAGGAUGAAAAAGGUCUCAAAAGACAACUAAAGCCCCGCCAUAUGCAAAUGAUCGCAAUUGGUGGUUGCGUUGGAACAGGACUUUUUGUUGGUUCCGGAAACGCAUUAGCAGAUGGCGGUCCAGCAAGCAUUAUUAUAGCAUUCACAGUCAUUGGACUCUAUGUUAUAUUCACCACAAGUGCUCUAGCUGAGCUUUCAGUUCUCUAUCCCGUCUCUGGUUCUUUUUACACAUAUUUUUCUCGCUUCAUUGAUCCCGCCUGGGGCUUUGCAGUAGGAAUUCAGUACUGGUUAUCCUUCGCGGUCACCGUCCCACUAGAACUCACAGUGGCUCCCCUCAUUAUUAACGUCUGGCAUGCCCCUGGACGUGCGUCAGUCUGGAUUUCAGUCUUUUACGUGUUGAUUAUUGGGAUCAAUAUAUGGGGGACAAAAGGAUACGGUGAGGUCGAAUUUGUUUUGAGCAUCGUCAAACUAGUCGCCGUUUUCGGUUUCUUACUCCUUAGUAUCAUUAUCACCGCUGGAGGUGUACCGACGGAUACCAGAGGUGUCAUUGGCGUCUCCUAUUGGAAACCACCUUUAACGUUCAAUAACGGGAUUAAAGGCUUUUGCGCAGUCCUUGUCAUAGCUAUCUUCUCACUUUCCGGUACAGAAUUGGUAGGACUAGCAGCUGCUGAAGCAAAAGACCCUCAUAAGACAAUUCCAAAAGCAGUACGUCAAAUAUUUUGGAGAAUCAUCCUAUUUUACGUGCUAGCAUUAUUCAUGUUAACAUUGGUUAUACCUUCCAAUAACCCGCAUCUACGCACUUCUGGUGAUUCUGAAGCUCUUCUGUCGCCGUUCGUAAUCGCCAUUAAGUUAGCAAAUAUCAAAGCACUUCCAAGUGUUAUGAAUGCAGUAAUUCUCAGCUCAACACUUUCGGUUGGUAAUUCAGCAUCAUAUGCAGCAUCAAGGGCGCUUUUCGCUUUAGCCAAGAAUGGAUUUGCUCCGAAGUUUUUGUUGAAGACGAAUAAAAGGGGACAUCCAAUCUACGCAAUAAUCAUAACUCUAUCACUUGGAAGCAUCGCAUACUUCACAGAAGCAGGAGUAGGAGGCGCCCUUUUUGGAUGGCUUUUGUCCAUCUGCGGACUGUCCACUACGUUUAUCUGGGGAAGCAUAUGUCUGAGUCACCUUCAGUUUAGAAGAGCAUGGAAAGCACAGAAUCAUUCUUUAGAAGAACUUCCAUAUCUCAGCAUGUUUGGAGUUUAUGGAUCUGUUUACGGAGUUGUCAUGACUUUUCUAGCACUAGCAGCACAACUUUACGUGGCUAUAUUUCCAAUUGAUAGGGCGCCAAACCCUAUAAGCUUCUUUCAAGCAUACCUAGCAGCUCCCCUAUUAGUUAUAAGUUACGUUUCAUGGAAACUUUUGAAAAAAACGAGAAUUGUUAACAUAAAAGAAAUUAAUCUUGAGGAUGGUAUGCAAAUAGAACCAGAUAUUGAGCAACAAAUAGAAGAAAAGCCUUCUGAUGAAGAUCUUCUUCCCAUGGCCCCGAGCAAACUGGCAAGUGACGAGAGCAGCCAAUCUAGUGGUAUCUGGCAAGAUAAGGACGCGACGACAAUCGUUACACCGGAACCCAUAUGGCCUAACAAAUCUUUGAACAAAAAAUAGUUAGUUAAAUUUUUGAUGUUUUUUGGAAACCCACGGAUUCGUUCUGCAUGAUUAUAAUGUCAUUCUCUUAGGAAUAGAUAUAGCAUUAGUAUUAAAUUUGAUACAUCAAUACGCACAUUCGCAUAUAUAAAGAAGCGUUUUAGGAAAAAUUUAAGCUUUAAGAAU